AUGAGUUCGAAACGAAGAUCGAACUUCGAAGCUCUCUGGAGCUCGUCAGCUCGUCUUAUUGUCUUCGCCCAGUCUGUCUUCACUUCCAGUAACCCUUUGCCCUCUUCACCUUAUGCAGGGAAGGGGGACGCUCAGUGCUAUAUUAACGGACUUAAGCAUACAAUUUUCACGUUUACGCGGGUCAGCCGUGAGCUAGAAGUCGUAUACGGGAUAUCCCAAGUUAUAAUCCACAGCUUCUCUUGCAUUCGCACUCUCGCAUUCCCCUUGCGAUCGGGGAAGCAAAACUCCCGAGGACGGUCUACUCAGCACACAUUUCUCAUUGGUCUUUUGUUUGCCGCAGAACGAACGAGAAACGAGCGAGUGUGUGAUCAAGCAAUCAGAAUUCCGCGCUGUGCGCCGUAUCGCGUAGCGAGAGAGACGGAUUACAUCAUGCUUGAACUGUGCCCAGCGAAACGAGUCGAAGACUCGAAGACUAUCAGCAAGGACAAACACAAAUCUCUCCGACCGCCGCCACUGUACGACCAAGCCAAAUCUGCGGUCACCAAUAUCCCAUCCAUCUCUCCUGUCUGUCCUCCGCUGGCACUGGAACAACAUCAAGCGAAAAGCCCGUACUCCCGUAGUCCCGGUCAUUCACUUUCCGUCAUCUUCAACAACUUGACAACAAGCUUAAUUUUUAAGUACUUCUACCUGUCCGCCGAACUAGCCAUGUCUCCGCCGCCAGACAACCCCGCCCUCACUGUCGAUCGAUCCGAACUACCCAAUGUAUCCAAUGCUCAACAAAAAGUAAACCUCGCAAUUUUGAUGGUGCCCUGGCUGGACCCCAGAUCAACGGGUCCAUCAUCUGUCCGCAAAUCGAAUCUCAUUCUCCAAUCUGGCCACAUACCCGCUAGGUUGGCUUGUUCUUUGCGUCGACUUGCAAAGAAGAAAAUGCUAGAAAAACGAGAAAGCCAACAAACAAGCGGUGAUGAGCCUAAUGUCGAGCGGGCCGUCGGUCAACACGGGCUUCCCACAAACGGCAAACUCACCGUCCGUGCCGAGCCGCUCCCCUAA